AUGGCGACCAUUUCCGAGGCCCAGCUGCCGUCUACGGCGCCUGCACCGAAGACUCGGGCGCAAACGGCCAAGAAAAAUGUCGUUUCUCCCGGCAUCUCACUAGCUGCUGGAGCUGUAGCUGGAGGAGUGGAAGCAACCGUCACUUACCCCUUUGAGUUUGCUAAAACACGAGCUCAAUUAAGCCAAAAAGCUGCCAGCGGUAUUACUAGUCCGAUUUCUAGGAAUCCUCUGGCUGUGAUAUUGCAGACGGCGCGCCAUGAUGGUGUUCGAGCUAUCUAUACCGGUUGCUCCACCCUGAUUCUCGGGACUGCCUUCAAGGCCGGGGUGCGUUUCUUGUCUUUUGACACUAUCAAGAAUCUCCUGGCGGACGCAGAUGGAACGCUGUCACCAGCCCGGGGCAUUCUGGCUGGCAUGGUCGCGGGUACGGUAGAGAGUGUAGUCGCAGUUACUCCCACAGAACGGAUCAAGACUGCUCUUAUCGAUGACGCACGAUCAUCCACCACACGUCGCUACAAGGGUGGAUUCCAUGCCCUCCGGACUAUCGUUGCUGAGUCCGGCGUUAGUGAGGUCUACCGCGGCUUGAUCUCUACGACAAUGAAGCAGUCGGCCACGUCUGCUGUACGUAUGGGCUCCUACAACGUCUUAAAGGAGAUCGUUUCAUCUAGCACCAGCAUCAAGGACACAAAGAACCCCGCACUGACAUUUGGAAUGGGAGCCACUGCCGGCGUCAUCACGGUAUACAUGACCCAGCCCUUUGACACCAUCAAGACACGUGCUCAAGGGGCCAACGGCGCAUCGACCAUGGAAGCGCUGCGAGAUGUGCUGAAAGACGGAGGUGUGCGAGCCUUGUGGCGGGGAAGUUCGAUGCGACUGGGCAGGCUGAUCCUCAGUGGUGGCAUAGUGUUUACGGUCUAUGAGAACGUUGCCGCACUUUUGAUGGGCUCAAGGGCACGUACUAUCGAUGGUUGA